CGCCGCCGUCGCUGGCGCUGUUGGGGAUGGUCCCUGUCCCAGGAAAGGGCGGGCGAGCUGCCUGCCUGAGGAGCGGCUCCUGUUACGACCGCCCGGAACAGCCCCAGCGGCAGGGUAUAUAUGCUGCCGCUGCCGCUGCCGCACGCCGCCUCAUUAGCGCCUCGCCGGCUCCAUAUAGCCCCCGCCGCGGAGGAGGGACCGAGCCCGUGCCGGCCCUCAGACUGGCUGCUCGCCUGAAGGGGAAUGGAGGAGGACGGAGAGAGGGGAGAGACAGCGGCGGCUCCGAGUGCAGGGAUGCGUUUCCGAGCUCCCGAUCUUCCUGCCCGACAAUUAUCCUCACGCAUCAGCCUCUUGAGAUUAAAAAGCAACAGCAGGAUGUGUGUGGCUUUUUGGAAGUCAACAAGAUAGAGUAUGAGGAGAAGGACAUCGCGGCCAAUGAAGAGAACCGCAAAUGGAUGCGGGAGAACAUCCCUGAAAACUGCCGGCCGACCAGUGGGAAUCCUUUGCCUCCACGAAUCUUCAAUGAUGGCCGGUACCUUGGGAACUAUGACGAUUUCUUCGAAGCUAGAGAGAAUAAUGCGGUAUACGCCUUUUUAGGCUUGACUGCCCCACCUGGUUCCAAGGAGGCAGAAGCCCUGGCGAAGCAAGAAGCGUGAAUAUUUUCCCCUGUGCCUAAAGCCUUAAAAUGUUCUGCGAAGGGAAAUUUCAACAGCUUUUUGAUACAAUAGCAAAAAUAUCUAUGCUUCAAGAAUUCCGCCCCACCCCCCACCCCCUAUGCUGAUUGCUGCACACGGCAUCCCCACUAUACAUGAAUAUAAAAUGGAAAAUGCCAAGUGAAAACUCAAACUUGCCAUGAAGACAAAGGGUGUCAUUAAAGGAAGUGUUUAGAAAUAAUGAAUUUCCCCCCACUUGUUCACCCAAGUGGUGCAAUCUGCUUUUUGGCAAUUGUGUAAUUUUUUAUUUUAUUUUUUUGUAAACUUAAAAAAACACCCCACCUUAUUUUACUAUUAGUAAUGCAAAUCUGUAGUUAUACUUGUAGAUCCAACAGCUGAAACAGCAGCAAAUAAUUCUGUUAAUCAACGCCAGUGCCUCAAAAACAUUACUGAAAAAUAAUGUUGGUGUUUCUUUAAAUGUGAUUUUUUGAAAUACAAAAAGUUAAUGUGUAGUGUAGUAAUAGUUGUAGUUGCUUGCUGAGGUUAGGAUAUUUCUUCAUUUGUAGGAUGCAUUUUGAAAUUGUCUACUGUAAUUUUUCAGCACACAGCUUAGACCUUUAUUAAAAAUGCCUUAUAAUUCUCAUUGGAGUGACCAACGUGAGAAAUUCUCACAGACUCAAGGUUUGAUUACGUUAUUAUAUAUCUGUUUUUCAAGGACCUGAAAAUGCCUACUUGUGUAAGAUUUUAGUGCAGUCAUGGUGAAAUGUACAUAACAAACCAUAUUACAAAUAAGCCAAAAAAACACAAGAAAUAAACCUGCUCUGGUCCUCAUCUUCUGUAAAAUUUGAAGCCUUUCAUGCGACGUUUUGCAAAAAAAAAAUCCAUUCCACUUUGCUUGUGUAUGUUUUAGAACUUGAAAAGCAUAAUCAAGUUAUUGCUAUUUGGAAUAAUAGUCAUUCUGAGUAAAUCUCCGCUGCUUUGUAGGAAGAGAGAUACUGAGAGAAAAUGCCACCUCUACAGAUUUGUCAGCGUGGAUUUGCAAUGCCAUGAAGCUGCUUUCAGCAAUCUUUGCUCAUCGUGUUGAUUUUCAUUUAGUGCAAUAUUGAGCUGUUAUCAUGCAACAGGCAAUAACCUCACUCAGAAAGCAUUCUGGGGGACUGAUUCAUCGAGGCCUCUAAGUUGGAAAGUAAUCUUGAAGACUGUGUGCCAAAGCUCUGAUCCAGUGAUACCUUGCCAAACACCUUUUGUCUACUGGCCACAAUUUAUCUCUUGUCCCCUUGCAUAUUGAACAAAGAUGCUUUCUAAUCUGUUGAUUUUGACCUUAAUAGUCUACUUGAUCCUUGUUGCCAAGUAUUUUCUUUUCAAGGGUUUCCCCCCCCGCUCCCUUAGUUGGUGUGUUUAUGAAUGGGAUUCAUACCAAUUUGCAGGACUGUCUACUGUAUGCAAGCGCUCUGAGAAUCAGGCUUCCUUUUUAGACAUAGUGUAGCUUGUCACCAUCUUAUCAUUUGUUAGACCUGGGUGAUGAGCUUGAGGAGUAAAGUCUCCAUACUCCAGAAUAUUUGAGAAGACAGUGGAGUUUAAGAGAGAAAGCGUUUGUGUGACUUCCCUCGCUGACCUGUUUCCCCCCCAGUAGAAAAUGUUGGAUGCAAUGUUUGAAGAAAUGGGUGCAGUCCAAAAGCAGCUGCUGCCUUAUUUUACAAGCUCUGUAAUGUAAAAGAGUUGGAACCACAGCAGUUUACGGAGUAGCUUUCAAUAUUUGCUUUAGCCCAAAUGCUGUUUCUGAUCAGGUUUCUUAGUAUGAGCUCUGUUUGGAUUGGAAAAUAUGUUUCUUUCUCCCCUCUUCAGCAUGGAUUCCCCUUUCUGUCUUUUGGGAUGUGAUUACUGUAGCUUGCGGUGACAUCUGAAUCGGAAAACUAUGGGUUAUUGCUUGCUUGCAAGCUAUGGGUUGCAAACCUACUUCAUAGUCUCAAAUCAUUGCUCAGAGGGUCUUGCUGUCCAUUCUUUUCCUAAUUAUUCAUACCAAUGAAACAAGAAACCAGGACCACUUCCAGACAACUGCAGUUGGGAUUCAGUUGCAUGCCAGCAAAUCCGGGCUACACCUUUAAUGUCAAUUUGGCACUCCUGAACAAUAAACCUACUUCCCUCACUCCAAAUGAUUUUCUUUCGAAAGGAUGUGAUUGGAAAAUGCACUGUAAAUUGUAGCAUAACAGAUGUUUGACGUGAUGUAAUGUAACCUCCCCCCCCAAAAAAAAAUACAGAAUGAAUGCUUGACAACAGUGCACACCAUUAUAACUUGCCCACAAACAUUGUGCAAACAAAUGAGGUUGAAUGCCCAAUAAAUCACUUGUCUGGAAGUGACCUAGGAAAUGGAAGCGCGACCAGUGCACAAGAUAGAAGGAGGGCUACAGAAAUCCAUAGCAUGUUCUUCAUUCUUUGGGACUUAAUCAGGUGAUGAGGAACCUCAGCCGUGGGAAGCAAAUGUACCUUACCUGUGGGAAUCUUCUCAAGUCACAUCAGCCCGCUUUAUACUUAUUUAGUGUUUUUGCCAGGAUAUAAUGUGCCCUUAAGCUGUGAUCGUGCUUCUUGCUUUCCUAGAUGAAAGAUACGGAGGGAUAUGUGAGCAAAUUGUUGUUCCACUUUUGCUUCUGUCACCCACCACUGGCAUGCGGCCCCCAGAAGGUUGUCUAGAAGGUCAUGUGGCCCUUUGGCUGAAAAAGGUUCCCCAGUCCAGAUUAAUCAUUCAUGUUUCAACCAGAUUAGGGAUAUAUAGGCAUCAAUUUUAAUAACUGAGACAGGUGGCCUACACCCAUGGGGAUCUGAUUCACACAUUGUAUUUGCACAUGUGUGCCCAAAGUGAUGUAGGACUGCAGAAAGUAGGGUGAACCAAUGGUUUGUUUCCAUGUUUUGCCAUACAGUAGGAAGCCAUCUCUUUUUGCCCGUCUCUUUCUUUGUCCUCCAGUGAAUUAGCAUCUGGAGAUGCUUCAGCUCUAACAGCACUCUGUAGUAAAUUGAGUCAAGGGUGGGAUAGGAUUAUUCCUGUUGGAAGGACAAAAGCAUGAACACAUUGCAUCGGAAAGAACAGUGGCGGCCUAUUGAAGUUGUGGUCCAUGUAUUGAGCUUGAACAGAUGUGUACUUUUAAGUUUCUUGCAUGCAUUUUAGAAACUUUGGACUCUGUUGUGGAUGUUGUUUUUCAGUUGCUCACUUUUACAAGUGAGAUAAAAAAUUGCUUUCCUUAAAAACGUGGCUGUUUUAGGACUUGUAAAUAUAACUCACAUGGAGUCAGCACUGGGAAAAUAGUGUUUCUAAAUUGGAAUGUAAGUCCCCAUUUCUCUCUGUGUUGAAUGGUGUGCAAUGGUACAAGAUCUUGGGUUCAUGAGUCCCCUUACCACCUUCACUCUCCUUCCCAGGAAUGUGGCUUCUUCCAAACACAGUAUGGGAGGGUGGGAACAAAUAUUCUUAUGUGAAUCAUCAUAACUUGGCAGUCUUGGGGAUAUUACAGCAGGGAAUAUUACAGCCAAUUUCAGGAAGCAAUUUUGACAUUUACUUUUUAUUGUCAUUUCUACAACCAGUAAGGCAACGAAACAUCUUAGAUUGUCAUAUUGACUCAUGCCAUAGUAUUGCAAUAAAGCAAUUCCAAA